GGAUGGUUCAGGGAAUGAAAAGAAUCAAAUGGAUGUCCUUGACUCUCUACAACCAUGUUCGAAUCUGAACAAACUCUGCAUUCAGUUGUAUGGUGGUCCAGAAUUCCCACGUUGGAUAGGGGAUGCUUUGUUCUCUAAGAUGGUGGAUCUACGUCUCAUAGAUUGCAGAAAGUGCACGUCUUUACCAUGCUUGGGGCAGUUGCCAUCGCUCAAACAGUUGAGGAUCCAAGGAAUGGUUGGAGUAAAAAAAGUGGGUGCAGAGUUUUAUGGAGAGACUCGUGUUUCUGCAGGUAAGUUUUUCCCAUCACUAGAGUCUCUACAUUUUAAUAGCAUGUCAGAAUGGGAGCACUGGGAGGAUUGGUCUUCCUCAACAGAGUCAUUAUUCCCUUGCCUCCAUAAGCUUACAAUUGAGGAUUGCCCCAAAUUGAUUAUGAAACUACCCACUUACCUACCUUCUCUUACAAAGCUCUCUGUUCUCUUUUGUCCAAAAUUGGAGUCUCCACUUUCAAGACUUCCACUGCUGAAGGAAUUACGUGUAGGAAAAUGUAAUGAGGCGGUCUUGAGCAGUGGAAAUGACCUCACCUCACUCACCAAGUUAACAAUUUCUAGGAUUUCAGGGCUUAUCAAAUUGCAUGAAGGAUUUGUGCAAUUUUUGCAAGGGCUUCGGGUUUUGGAAGUAUCGGGAUGUGAAGAACUCGAAUAUUUGUGGGAGGAUGGUUUUGGAUCGGAAAACUCUCUUUCUCUUGAGAUUAGAGAUUGUGAUCAACUUGUAUCCUUGGGAUGCAAUCUUCAGUCUUUGGCAAUAAGUGGAUGUGAUAAACUAGAGAGGCUUCCAAAUGGAUGGCAGAGUCUAACAUGCCUUGAAGAAUUGGCAAUCAGCCAUUGUCCAAAGCUAGCGUCAUUUCCAGAUGUAGGUUUCCCACCAAUGCUGAGAAAUCUUAUUCUUGAGAAUUGUGAAAGCCUAAAGAGUCUACCUGAUGGCAUGAUGUUGAAGAUGAGGAACGACAGUACUGACAGCAACAACUUGUGCCUCCUUGAACGGCUAGUGAUAUACAGAUGUCCACCUCUCAUUUGCUUUCCAAAAGGGCAAUUACCCACCACCCUUAAGAGUCUAUGCAUAUUGUGUUGUGAAAAUCUCAAGUCUCUUCCAGAAGAAAUGAUGGACAUGUGUGCCCUUGAAUACUUAAGGCUAGAUACGUGUCCUUCUAUGAUUGGUUUUACGAGAGGUAGGUUACCCAUCACUCUCGAGGUACUCUACAUAAGUAAUUGUGAAAAGCUGGAGUCUCUACCAGAGGGAAUAAUGCACUACGAUUCCACAUAUGCUGCUGCUCUUCAAAGGCUGUUCAUCUCUCACUGUUCAUCUCUCACAUCCUUCCCAAGAGGCAAGUUUCCAUCCACCCUUGAGCGACUUCACAUUGGGGAUUGUGAACACCUCGAGUCAAUUUCAGAGGAGAUGUUUCACUCUACUAAUAAUUCACUUCAAUCUUUAACCCUCAGGAGGUAUCCUAAUCUCAAAACCCUACCAGAUUGCCUCAACACCCUCACAGAUCUACGUAUUGUAGAUUUUGAAAAUCUGGAAUUGUUGCUUCCUCAGAUAAAAAAGCUCACCCGUCUUACACGGCUCGAGAUCUCUAACUGCAAGAAUAUCAAGACCCCCCUAUCCCAAUGGGGCCUUUCCAGACUCACCUCUCUUAAAGACCUCUGGAUUAGUGGCAUGUUUCCAGAUGCAACUUCCUUUUCGGAUGACCCCCACUCGAUUCUUUUUCCUACAACUCUCACCUCCCUUAUCCUUUCAGAAUUCCAGAAUCUGGAAUCCCUAGCCUCCCUGUCUCUCCAAACCCUCACCUCUCUUGAAUAUCUAGUAAUCAAAAGUUGCCCUAAGCUCUGGUCGAUUUUGCCAAGGGAAGGACUAUUGCCUGACACCCUUUCACGACUGUAUGUGCGGCGUUGCCCACAUCUAACACAAAGGUACUCGAAGGAGGAAGGAGAUGAUUGGCCCAAGAUUGCCCACAUCCCCAGUGUAUCAAUAAAUAAGUUCUAAUGAGGUCAUUUACUGGAAAAACGGUGUCAAUUUGAGAAAGGGGAAGAAUGGCGUUAUAUAGAUCUCAUUCCUAAAAUAGUGAUCAAUGAAGUGCUAUUUUAAUCAAAGGGCCACUCCGCCAAUACACAGUCAGCUUGCACUGAUUGGGCGUCCAUGUAAAAUGUGCUCUAACCAAGUGGAUUUCUUCAAAAGGAAGUGGAAUAUGAAGAAAGGAUAGAUUGUUCAAAUUUUGCCUGUAGAGGAAGGGAGAUUGCUGGGUGCUCAACACUUGAUGCUCAUUGCUCUGUUCAAGAAGAAUAAGAAACUGAGAGGAUCAGUUUCAGCCAUGUCAGGACUCUAAUCCAUGGCAGGCUUUCUCUGAGGUAGGUGCCCAGACAACAAUAGCAAGUCUGUUAGGACCCGAAAUGGCCAUCACAACAAACCAGCCAUAGAAGCAACUUCUGGCCCUGAAACUUGGGGUUUUGGAACAGAGAGUUUUACAGCCACCCCUGGUGCCAGCUCUAAUAUUUCCAGACCCUCCAUUGGAGGCAAUAAUGCCCAGCUGUUUGUUGACUCAAAGAAGAUUGAGGGCAAGCUGGCUACUCAACCUGCUGGAUGGGCUGGUUUCUAACUUAUUUGGUGAUGUUAUAUCAUCCUGGGCACUUCUGGCCAUAAGAGAUGGGAAUAGGUAAAAAAGCAAAACAAAAAGGGAUUCAUGGCUUUCUGGGCAUGGUUAUGCUUGUAAGUAUUGAGUGUUUGCCUUAUGCAAUAGAAUACAACAUCUGCAUAUGUUCCCUGGUUUCCAUGGACUACUUACAAAUGUGUACUGUUCUGAAUGCCUCGAUUUUCAGGUCUUGAGCCCAAACAACAUCCACUGUCUCUUAAGACCAUAAAUGGUCAUCGUAACAUUUUAUUUGGUAUUGAAGUGGUGUCAGGUAGAGGGGUGGAUUCUUCAUCCAGAUCUAAAUGCAUUAGCUGGACAAUCGAAUGGCGGUUACUUAUCUAACAGAUGUUGUUUUACUAGACCAUGGAAUAAAAGAAAACUCAACCCUCUCAUCCGUAAUUCAGAACCAUCUAAAGCCUGGCCAUGGAAUAAGCUCAGCCUUUCUGUACAGAGAAGCUGGACUCUCUCAAAUUUUUGAUUUGUAAAUAUCCAAAGCUAUGAUUUCAAAAGUCAUUAAAUGUGCCAAUCCCCGUUGACCUCAAUCAGAGCUUAAGGAGUGUGUUAGACUGUUACCAUUGAUCACCUCAGUCCAAAAGGCAUUCCAUUCAGGGAAGAGGAAAUAGAAGAAAAUGGCAGCUCUUGAUGUAUUUUGAUUUUGAUCAAGGCUUUCUUGAUGUAUACUCUGAUGUUUUGCUCAAAUUAAUCCUGAUGAUUUUCUUGAUUGGGAAGGUGACUUUUCCUCCAAGGAAGAGGACAGAUUGUUAUGAUUUUGGCAGAGUUUUCCCAGUAAAGGAAUUGAAGGAAGGGGAGAUUCCUGGGUGCUGAACUAUUGAUGUUCAUUGCUCUGUUCAAGAAGAACAAGAAACUUUUCAGGAUAGUCAAAAGCAUAGGAAAAGCUGAAGCUGAAGAUACCAUGCACAAAAACAGGAGAGUUUCCAUUGAAACCAGUCCAAAUUAUGAUUGAACCUUGGCAUUGAGCUGAUGCUUCAUAACGUGUUAUUAUAAGAGACAUAGGCUGCUCGAGUUGUCUGAAUAUACCCCAUAGUCCCUCUGAUGCCUGUACACAAGUCCUUGGGCGCCUCCAGAAAGGAAGCUUGAUAAAGAGCCAUUGUGCAUAAAAAAAAAAAAAAAAAAACACCAGUAGUCAGUGUUCACCCUCAUGACAGUAACGCAGCAACUGUCCUUGAUUCUUAUGGUGAGUUUGGCCUAUCACAUUCACUUCUGCUUUGAAUUCUUUCUCAUCUUCUCCCACCACCUUCUCCAACUUCUUUUCAGCAACAGAAUUUCCAGAACCUGAUGGUAAUAUCCCUUUAUAGACAGUGUCAAAGGCUUCUACCAUCGCUUGUACUCAGGAUUCUGUGAUAAAGCUGCAGAUUUUUGAGGUUCAAGUGGUAGAAAACUAGAGAAAUUGCAGCCAGAGAAACGAAGAAGAAAAACGCAGAGGGGCCUAAGAGGACUGAGAGUAUUAGAAUUGCUUUAUUUUGGUUGCCUCUGCCUGAAGUUAGUUCACUGGACUUCAAUAUCUUGAUUAGAGCACUUCUGGAAACAUCAGUUUGAUCCAACCUCCCAUUUGAAAGAGGUAGUCUUUUCCUCCAACAGCUUCCAGUUCCAUUUGCAAACCUCAGGUCCUCAAAAAUAGCAACUGCACAGUAGGCUCCAACACCAAUCCCUGGGUUGGCAAUAUGGUAUUAGUUGGGUGCUUGAAGCUCUCCCAUAUACUGGUAUACAAUUUCCAUGUCCAAGCAUGGCACCAUGCACUGUUCGCUGCUCACAUUACCAGUCUUUGUCUUCAUCUCUUAGCCUCUGGAGAACAAGUUGUCCAUUGGUAGUAAGCUCAACUUUUGAUCCUCUUGGCACCGGUUAACUUCCAUUUGCAGUCCAGAUAGCAAGAAGGAUAUUGAUCCUUUUCACUUGGAGAGGGUCAGAAUCCAAAUGCAAAAUCACCAGAAGGCGAACCCAUGUGGAGUUGUCAUCAGAGACAUAGAGAGAUGAACCCAAGCUUAUAUUACUAUAAGCUUGGCUGAUGAGUAACAAGUAGAGGUAGAGAGACAAUGUAUGUAAGUUGGUAUGUGAAUAAUUGGCCACCCGACUGCUUUUCUCUGCAUGUUGAUUAAGUUGAAAGAGUCUAGUGAAUAUUAUUUUCUUCUAUAAUUGAACAUUCUCCUGUAAUUGAAUAGUGUGAAAGCAAUUUUUUCUUCUUCUUCAA